CUCGCGCAACCAGCGGCCAUUUUACAAAGCCAGCAUCGGGAGUGCGGGUUAUCAGCUCCUCUGUAGUUUUUGAAUAUACUCCUGUCGAAAUCUUUUUAACGGUUUUUCCCCCCAGUCUGCUUGUUUGAAAAUGUCUCGCGACCGGUCACGCAACCGUGGAGGAUUCCAGCACCGAGGCCGCGGAGGAAUGGGAAUGCGUGGUGGCAUGGGAAACCCUAACUUUAGAAAUCAAAACCAGCAUCCUUUUCAAAACCGUGGACCCCAUAUGGGUGGCGGAUUUAAGCCGAAUCAAGGAAACCAACUCAACCAGGCCUCUACACCGCAGAAACCGCAGGAAUCCAAUCAGAACAAGCCAGUGGUCCAGUCACCCCCGGCUCAAGGCCCUGGUCAGGCCCAGCCGAGCAACAACAAAGGCCCGACGCCGCAGCAGCCCGCCGCUAGCCCCGUUCAGCCGAAGAUCCAGUCUCCACCGCCACAGAAUAACGUGAAGACUCCGGACCUCGGUUCUCCACAGAACCAGGCCAGAAAGAACCAACCCAAACCUGGGAUGGGAAAUGGACAAAAACCGCCUGUUCCCGUGAAGAAAGACACGGAGCAGACGACGACGACGACACCACCACAACAACAGCAGCAGAUUACAAAGAGCGAGGACGACACUCAGCCUGAGGGAUUGAGGGCAACACUGUCCUUGCUGCGAAAGCCCGGGGAGAAAACCUACACUCAACGUUGCCGUCUUUUUAUUGGAAACCUACCAAACGACAUUACUGAUCCUGAAUUCAGGAAACUGUUUGCAAAGUAUGGGGAGCCCAGUGAGAUUUUCAUCAAUCAAAGCAAAGGAUUUGGAUUUAUCAGACUGGAAUCCCGUGCCUUGGCCGAGGUUGCAAAGGCUGAGCUGGAUGAUACUCCGAUGAAAGGCAGACCACUUAGAGUUCGUUUUGCCACUCAUUCUGCUGCGCUUUCAGUGCGCAACUUGUCUCCAUAUGUGUCCAAUGAGCUGUUGGAGGAAGCUUUCUCUCAGUUUGGAAUGGUGGAAAGGGCUAUAGUUAUCGUAGAUGACCGUGGCCGCUCAACAGGGAAGGGCAUUGUUGAGUUUUCUUCAAAGCCAGCUGCACGGAAGGCCCUUGAUCGGAUCAAUGAUGGAGUGUUCCUUCUCACAUCUGCUCCCCGUCCAAUUGUGGUUGAAUUGUUAGAGCAAUACGACGAUGAGGAUGGUUUGCCAGAGAAACUUGCACAGAAGAACCCCAGUUAUCAAAAGGAGCGAGAGCAGCCUCCUCGGUUCGCCCGUCCUGGCAGUUUUGAGUUUGAAUACUCUCAGCGAUGGAAGUCUCUUGAUGAGAUGGAGAAACAACAGCGGCAGCAAGUGGAGAAAAACAUUCGUGAGGCCCGUGAGAAGCUGGAAGCAGAGAUGGAAGAUGCCUAUCAUGAGCAUCAAGCAAACAUGCUCAGACAGGACCUUCUUAGACGUCAAGAGGAACUUCGUCGCAUGGAAGAGUUGCACAGUCAGGAGAUGCAGAAACGUAAAGAAAUGCAGCUCAGGCAAGAAGAGGAACGCCGGAGGAGAGAGGAGGAGAUGAUGCGGCAGAGAGAAAUUGAAGAACAAAUGAGGCGCAAACGUGAGGAGUCUUACAGAAUGGGCGGCUUUAUGGAUAACAGAGAAAGGGAGAUGAGGAUGAAUGCUAGUGGAGGUCUGGGGUUGGCUGAUAUGCCGUUUGGGUCACCUAGCCAGAAGUUCCCAUUGGCAGGAAUGAAUUUUGGGGACCAGGGAAUGGGUGGACCAGCAUCAGGGGGCAUGGUGCCCAACGAAAUGCGCAAUGAGCGUUUCGCGCAAGGUGGCCCAGGGGGUCCAAGGGGCAUGGGUGCUGGAAACCCAGGAUUUGGCAGGGUCCGUGAGGAAUAUGACGGAUCUGCCAAGAAGCCACGCUUCUGAUCUGGCACUUUAAAAUCAAAGUUCGUAUGUGGAAAUCCAGAGGCUCUGUUUUGGAGUCCCAAUUGAUGUAUUUAAGUUUAAAGAAUUUUCUUGCAGUUUUAGCCUGAAAACUCAUCCUUUUUGUGGCAAGAUUUUUUUCGUCCUAUUUUUAUUUUGUAUUCUUAAUAGGUUUAAUAAUAAAACCAUUGAAGUCAGCUGUGGCUUAGUGCUACCAACAUGUAAUCCCCUUUCUUACUAGUCUUUAUCUUGUCAUGUUACUUGUGUUAUACUGGUGAAUAUUGUAAAUUGUUCUGAUCUUACUAUGGCUGUGUUCUGUGCCAUUCGCAUUUAAAAUACUACAUGUACAUUUUCAAUAAAGAGUGCAGUUGGUUCUUCAAAAACUCGAUCAGGUGUUCUUGGCACAAUGAGUAAAUUUGUGAAGUGUCAGGCAUCUGACACAUAUGACAGACAUAGGCAUCCAUCUAGUGAAUUUUCAUCUUAAAAGUCGUUGCUUUGGAGCUGUGCAUCUUAUAGACCCUUCUAUAUUUAUCGUUGACAUUGAACAACCUGACUAUUAAGAUAAAUGGUUCAAUAAUCUGAUAUUGGUUUACUUUAACUAUUUCCCUUUUUUUUUUUUUUUUUUUUUUUGUGGACAAUUUGGCUUGGCUUCAUUGGUUUACAAAUUACGCCCGUUUCACACAUAUUCUGAUUGCAAUGCAUCUGCAGCCCAUGUGUGGUACGUAUGCAGUGCAGAAGCAGUUUGUGCUUUCACAGGACGUGUUUUGCAGUCCACUACUAAUCAGUGGCUGUAUAGCACGAAUACAACAUUUCUUAUUUUAAUUUUAAAAUCCAAACAAUGUUACUAGAAGAUGAAACUUUUUUAGCAUUGCAGUUCUUUUUACAUGGUACAAUAAUACAAUCUUUCGUAGACAUAACCGCAAUGAAACACAAAUAUAAACAAUGUGUUAUUCAAUGCAUUUUACUUAGAUUUGUAUGUUAAAUUGCUCAAGCAAGUAGGUAGGCUAUCACAAACGUUUAGUUAAAGCUUGGCAUUGACCUCCACAAGUGCCAUUGUCCCUUUGUGUACUUGCUCUUGCUUUAAAUCUAGGGUACUAUGAAAUCAGUUUUAUUUUUUUCCUUGCAUUCAUAUUUAUUUUUUCUCCAAAUUCAGUUUUUUUUCCCUUUACAUUUUCCUGGAUUCUUUUUUUUUUUUUUUUUUUUUUUCCAUUUCUAACAUUUCUAGCAAUUUAUUAAAAGUUUAAGAAAAAUUACUUUUAAGGCCAAAUUAAAUGUUUGUUUGUUUGUUUGUUUGUUUUUGGUUUUUUUUUUUUUUUUUUUUUUUUUUUCCCAGAAAUACUGUCUCCUUAAUUUUUCUGGGAAAUUCUGGUAAAUAUUUUUCAGCUAAAUAUUCUUUAAAAAAUGUUUUAAUAAUACUUGUGUUAUUAGUAGUAGUAGUACUUCAGUUACAGCAAGUAAUAUUUCUGUAACAGUUUCUUCAAGUUAAACCAAGUUUUUAUUUUGACAGGUUCCUGUGAAGACCAUUUGUUUGUAUAUAUGACAGUUUUUCUCAACAGAAACCGUAAAAUGUUCAUGAAGUGACUCAGAGCAGUUCUGUGCAGUGUACUGACCCACUUCUUAUUUGUACAAAAUUUGGAUAUUUUAACAAAAAAAGUUAAGUCAGUAAAUUACAUUAUGACUGCAUUCUGCAUAUUCAUCUGGGUUUUCCACAUUGCGGAAAUUGUAUGGCUCUAGUAGACUUUGAUUACAUGCAUUUAUACUAGUUUGUAAAACUGGAACUCUCAUCUGUUAUGGGAAUGGAUAAAAAUACGCACUGCAAAUGGAGUAUGUGUGAAACAGGCAUUAGAUCAUUUUCAGAACCUUCCCAGGAAAUGCUCUAUUAUAACUUUAAAUCAUAAAUUAUAGUAAUACAUGUUUGUUCUAAAAAAUAAUGCAAGUUAACUGUGGACUGCAAUUGCAUAAAUCUCUUGGCCACUUGUUGGGUCUUGUACACAGUCAGCAAAAAACAGGAUGCACUCUGUUUCGGAAGCAAAUUAAGGUUUAUGCAGCAUUUUGUUUCCACAGAAUUACAUCAAAGCUUAUGUGCUCGGUUCAGAACUAAUCCUGCUAAUCUAUUUUACAGCUGUUUUACUGGGCAAAGCAGCGGGGGGGAUUGGAGGGGGGAGUUUACGAAAAAGUCAUAUCUUUGUUGUUUUUUUUACUGUGGAAAGUGGCACACAUGUAUUUGUUACAUCCAGUAAUAUGCCCUUUUCACGGGCUUUACCCACUUGCCAAACAUUUUUGAAACCAGACUUGGAAAAUGACUUGGAACUGAUAUUUCAAUAGUGUAAACUUGCAUAUAGUUGUUUUAUUAUGCAGUCAUUGUUGAAGUGUAUCAUUUUUAAUGCACCUAGUGGGGUGGGAGUGAACAUUCAUUGCCUUUUUGUAGUUUUACUUGGUUUUCUGCACAUUAAGAUGAGAUGGAGGAACCCCAUUAAGAUGCUAUUGACCCUGGAAAAACAAUUUGCCUGUAACUGAGCUGUUAGCAAGCAAAUAUGUGAUUCUCUUGUUGAAAUACAUAUUUCACUUCAUUUGCGUACAGCAUUUUGGCUCAUGAGAGAACCUUGGAACUUCAAUAGAAUUCUCCUGAAUAAAUUCAACCUCUGUAGAGCUUGCAGGAAACACUGAUACUUGUUCAUUAAGUAGCAUGUUUCUUAUAGUGAUAUAAUUUCUACAUUUUAAAAGCGUAUCUUUUUCUAGUUACUAUUGACUGACUUCAAUAAAGUUCAAAAUGUUGCUUGAAAGCACAAUGCUUAAAUUGUGGGGUUUUUAUUUAUUUUAUUAUUAUUAUUAUUAUUAUUAUUAUUAUUAUAUUUUUUUUAAUAAUGUGUAGUAUCCACCGCACCACUUUAUAGAUUCAGUUGUUUGUAUUGGAUUAUGGAUUCAUUGUUCUGCAGUUGAAACAAAAUGCUACAAAGUUAGCAAAUUAGGUUUUAGUAUGCCUAGACAAUGAAAUUGAGUGCUUUACUUUACCCUCUUUGUCUUUGUGUGAUUGAGAGGUGCACCGUAGAAUAUAUAUUUCUGUAAAUGUUACAGCUUAAUGACAACAGCAUUUUUUUUUUUUUUUUUAAUGAAUUUGCUAUUAUUAUUAUUAUUAUUAUUAUUUAAUUUAAACAGUAUUAAGAUUAUACAUAGUUUAUACCUUUUAGUUAAUAACAUUUUUCAUUACCUUUGUGAAACAUUCUAGAUCAGUUAACAAUAACAGCUAAUAAUGGUUCUCUACUGUUCUCCUUAUACUUGCCCUAGUAGCAUAAUUAUAACACCUUAACAUACAAAUGCACAGCUAGACUUCAAUUUUGUAUUUGACAUUUAUAAAAUUUAUAUUAACAAUGAACUUAUAGCUAGUAAUUAAUCUAUUUAUUAUUGUGAUAUUAAUAUUGUAUUUAAAUUAAUUUCAGUUCACUUUGCAUGAUGUGAGAGGCCUGCAUCAGUUUGGAUUUUAGUCACUUUUUUUCUUUUUUGUUUUUUUUUUAAAAAAAAAAAAAAAGUCUUAUUCUCACUACUGCAAUAGGUAACUAACAGGUAUUGCUUUGAGUGAGGACACAGCUACUAAUUUGAUUUUCUGCUACAUUGUUUUCUUACUAAAUUUAAACUUUUUUUUCAAAAAUUUGGCAUGAUUAAAUUUUUUUUUUUUUUUUUGUUAAUUUGAAGGCCAUGUGUGCCAUUUGAGUUUACCUUAAUUCUUAGCAUACAAUGUUUUAUUUUUUUUUUUUUUUUUUUUUUUUUCCCUUUUAAAUCACAUGGCUUAUGUAAUUAAGGUAAUUAUUACAUGAAGAAUGGAGCUGGAAAAAGGUAAUUGCAGACAUGCAGAUUUUCCUAGAUACAUUGUGGAAAAAUGUUAUUGUUUAUUGUGUUGGUUUUCUAUACAUUUUUUUUCCUUAACAGGUUUGUUCGUGACUUCCGAAGUAUCUUCAAGUUUGGAACUGUUUUGGAUUUUAGCCAUUUAUCCACUAUUAGUGUCAGCUUUAUAUGGCAUGCCCAUGGACUGUUCAUCUGCUGUCUAUUGCAUAAUGCUCUCGAAAUAGCUGAAAUGGCUUUUUCAGAACACAAGGCUAUAGUCUGACUGGCUUUCAAUUUCCAGGAGUCAGGGUGUUUUUAUCAGUCCACCUGAAAAUCCUUACGAGUUCUCAAGCUUCUUCAGUGAGAACUACAAAGGAAGAACUAGUCACUGGAUUUGCCAUCAUUUGUGAGAUUUGAAGAAUUGAAAUCAAGAGCUUUAAGGGACUUUGUAGCAAGCAGAUGAUUCAUCCUUGACCUGCCAAUAUACCAGUACCCUGCCUUGUCACCUGCUUUGGUUUGGGUUGUCUAUUAUUGGUUAGAAUGAUUAAUGAGAGACCAAUUCGAUACAUAAUAUGACCUGGCAUGUAACUAUUCAAUUACUAUUUACCAAAUCUUAGUUGGCCUGUUUGUUGUAUUUGGAACAAGUAUGCUUAUUUUGCUCUAUCACUAGUGUUGCAACGAUACAAAUGGUUGUUGCAUCUUAAAUCUUUGUGUCCCAUAAUUAGAGUUCGUAUUAAAUUUGCCAUCUCUUUGUAGUUGUUUAACAGUAAAUUAUCAAAAAAUCUCUUCAAGAACCAUGUUUUUUAGAAAGUACUCAAAUACCACUUUCAGCCUACAGUUUUAGGGCAAGAUUCAUAGAUCCAGAAUUCAUUUCUUACCUGCUUUAUCCAACUUAAUAGAAAGCUUUUUUCUUUUUUUUUUUUUUUUUUUUUUUUUUAUUCCAGAGAAAGAGAAAAAAAAAGUUUUCAAAGAAUGUUGUCUUGUGUUUUUUUUUUUUUUUUUUUUUUUUUUUUUUUUUUUUUAGUUUAUUCUAAUGACAACUUUUUAGAGAUUGCGUUAAAUUUGAAAAGAAUAAUAAAUAAUCCCUUAAAGUUAAAUCCCAUAAACUUUUUGAUUUAAAUCCCAAAAGGUAAGAGAUUUAAUGGCAGCACACACACACGCAUACAGGAUGCUAUACAGGGCUUGACAGUAAGGACUGCCCAAUGUCCUGGGCCAGCAUGAAAAAUGUUCUGGUCAGUUGUCUGAGUUGUCAUUGGCUCGAUCGGGUACAUAUUUGACACACGGACAUAAAGCCGCCACUCAGAUGGCGCACAAUAACGAAUUCACUUCUGUUUUACAUUGAGUGUACACAAAAUGCCCGUCUUUGCAAGUGUUCAAGUAAACACAGUUUUAUGGUAACAUCUUUAGUUUACGAAAACAUUUGGGAGAAAAUAGUGUGUCAAUACAGAUCCGUGCUUUAGGUCUUAAUGUGACAAGUCAAAAAUUUGACUUUUGUGAAUCUGACCAGUUUUAAAUGUAAUAAUUGAAAUGUGCUAUUCUGUGCUUCCUUUUGUGAGCAACUUUCUUCAGACUACAUUUCCUGGAUUGCAUUGCAUUCAUAGACUCCAUAAUUAUAUAUUUCUUUGUUACUUUAGGUAAUGUUGAUUUAAUUGAAGGAUCUUUAAAGGGGUCAUCGGAUGCUAAGUUCACUUUUACAUGUUGUUUGAACAUUGUGUGUUGGCAGUGUAUGUACAAGUCUACCCUAUAAUGAUAAAAAUCCAUGCAGUGGUUUUUAAUUAAUCUGUAAAAAUAAUAUCCCCUUUUUCAAAUCGAGCCAUUCUCAGAUGCCUGUCGUUGUGGCAUCACAUCGACAGAGGUCGCUCCCACGAUAGUUGAUUGACAUGAGCGUUUUACCUCAGAUCAGCUGUCACAGUCUGCCCGCUUUGUUUUGAUGCCAGAGCAGGGAUGUAAGUUAGGAAGAAUAUCUCCGAUUGAGGUGUUGUGUUGCUGGAUGUAAUAAUGAACAUAGUGGUCGUCAUUUACUCCCGACAUCUGAGCCGCUGAAGAUGCAGUAGAUUGUUUGUUUGUGAAGGGAAUGUGCUUCCCAUACAUGUAUCAGUCUAUGUUCGUGCAAAUUAUUCAUGACCCAGCUUCACUUACAGCAGAAGUGAGUAUAAGGGAUUUUUUAUGAAUCUUUGCGAUCGCCUUUCCUAAUGAUGUGAUAGUUAGCCAGUUUAGCGGCUAAACGCGUUAAAUGCGGCUAAAGUAAACGAUCUCAGAGCAGCUUGUCACUCCACAGAGAGAAGAGAGGGGCGGGGCGAGCAGAGCUCAUUUGCAUUUAAAGCAGCCUCGACCAGAAUGACAUUAUUUUUGCAGAGCUUAUUUUGGCAAGGUAAAAAGGGUGUUGUUUUACACCGCCAUUGAGAAUUUUUAACCAAAGUAUAUUAUAGACUUUUCAUUAAGACCCUAAAGAAUCAUAUCAACUUGUGAAAAAUAGGCAUCCGAUGACCCCUUUAAGUAAUUCAAAAAGAGUAUAGAAUUAAAUGGACCUAAUCAAUCUAAUUGCAGAAGCUGCUUUCUUCAAGAAACAAGUGCUAUUCCAUAAGAGAACUACUCUGGAUUGUUCUUGAUGUUGGCAACUGGAUUUCGUUUUGCCAUUUAGAGUGGAAAAUUCACAGUUACAGUUACAUAAUACAUAAUUUUGCAAGCAUUGAGGUUGAUCAACUGCUUUCAAGUUGCUACACAUUGUCAUAAAGAAAAACAUUUAAUUUGGGAAGAUUAAUUAAAACAAGACUAAUCAGGUCAGAUUAUUAAGUUUAGACAAAGGCAUGAGUCCUGUUUAGAAUCUACAGGAGGCUAGGAAUUGGACAAAUGACCUGAAUAUUUGUAUGUUUCUCCUUCACGCCUUCUCAAAUUAUUUUAAUCUUCGUGAAAGCCUUAAAUGAGUGGAUGGGAAGAGUGUUCUAAUUCCCACCUGAAGGAGUUUAUAGCUAGUUGCUUGGAUAUUAGCAGGAAGAAAGAGACAGAUAAAAAUUAAGUGACUUCCCAGUUUUCAAGAACACACCACCUCCAGGCUUGGUAAGUGCACAACGCAUGAUUACUUCACAGUCUGCCAAGUCCUGCAAGCAAACUAUUUUAAUUGUGCCUGUUUUGAUAGUUUGGGGGUUUGGGUUGUUGUUUUGUUUUUCCAAUUUAGCUCUACUACCAUAGUUUUUAACAUUUCAGUCCAGAUCCACACUUGGAGAAGAGGAAUCGGAGAAAAAAACUGAUCAACUUUAGAACCCAUUUAAAGACAUUGCUUGCCCUCAUGUCAUUCCAAACAUGUAUGAUGUUUCAUCUACACAAGUAUAAAAUGGACAUCAUUUCUCAAGCACCAUUAGCAGUACUGCCUAAAGUGUUUAGAAAUUGAUAAUGCUCAAAAUGCUCCUGUUUAGAUGGCUGAAAAAGACAAUUGUGCGAAAUUUCAAAUGGCAGUGGGAAAUGUGACUGAACUUUUGGUCACAUGGGUUUUGGAGUAGGGAUGCACCGAAAUGAAAAUUCUGGGCUGAAACCGAAAAUUCAGGAUGCAUUUGGACAAAAACUGAAAAUGAGUUAGUGUUUCCGUGCUGUAGUAUAAUCAGCAGGACAGCAUUGUGUGAACUGAAUUUGUGACAAUACAGUGUUACAGUGAAAUUGAAUAUUUUUCUUCAUAAACACCCAAAGAACUCAUAAUAAAAAGUGAUUGUAGUAUAACCAGUAGGAGUUACACAUUACUAUUACUAUACUGUUACUGUUUUUGUAGUAAUAUUUUUCAGGUUUCACACUUUGCAGACGAUCCCAACAGACUUGUCUCUCAGCUGUGCGCAUAAAGAUGAAUGUUUUUUGUCCAGUGCAGAGGAAAGCUCGUUUUGAGGAAAAUUAGGUUGUAGCUCGUCUGUUACUGUGAAUGGAAAAAAGAAAAAGUGGUGUUUGUGUAGUAACGAUGUUUAGUUCAUGAGUUAUUAUUCUAGAAAAUGUCAAUCUGUGAGUGUGUUGCCAAUUUUACUAAACCCUUUUUCAGGUGCUAUAUCUAGGGCCCUAUGAAAUCUGUUUUAAUUUUUCUGGUUUCCAUUUUUUUUGGACUUUAAUAAAAUGUAAUUUAACCAUUAACACUUUUUUUUUUUUUUUUUAAUUAAUCAAAAAAAGUGUAAUUUAUUAAAAUUAUGGAACUUCUACAAUACAAUACUUACACAAUUUAACAUCAAUUUAUUAAAAGUUCCACAAAAAUUGCUUGUUGAGGGCCUUAUGUUUUAUUUUUUUCUCACCUUCUUUUUCUCACCUAUUGUUACCAAAUUCUUUAAGCUCAUUUAAGCAUGUCUAAUUAUUUGAAUGCAUACAAAUUUAAUUUAUUAAUGUUUAUUUUUACAAUAUUUUUUUCUGGCUAUCAAAUGAAGGCCUAAAAUAUUAAUUUUACCUUUUAGUCAAAUGAAAAUUAAACUAUUUUUUGGCAAACAAAGUUACUAUUAAAAUUAAAACAUGAAAGAAAUAUUGUGAUUAUUCCUUAAUAAAAUAAAGUUUCAACGGUUUUAGUAGUAGUAGUAGUAGUAGUAUUACGUACAUUCUAUUACAUGAACACAUUUCUGUGUAUAUGAUAUGACAAUAGUUUUUCUCAAAAGUAACAGUAAAAUUUGAUGUCAUCUUAAACUUUAAAAGUAUUUACAUGAUUGCCCAUUUGUAUUUUUGGCCUUUUUUUUUUCCUUUCAGCCAAAAACCAUGCCAUUUCGGUGCAUCCCUAACUUGGAAUGACAGAAGGGUUAGUCAGUGACGCUUCAUUUUUGGGACACUUCUGAUUUAUUCCCACCUUUGGAGCAGUCUUUAUAUAGUAUAAAAUUUAUAAAAGACAUUAAGUUAAUAAAGUUAAUAAAUUCCUUGCUUUGAUUACUUUCUGGAGUUUCAGUAGGCUUGUAGGAAUUUCUAUAGAAUAUAUCACAUAACAUUUGCCAUUUUUUUUUGACAUCACCCUGCAUGUAGGUACUUUAAAUUUCCACAUGCUAUUUGAUCAUGUGACCAGACUCUAUGGUUAAGACUCUUUUUCCCUUUGGCAGAAUACAGUGGAAACUUGCCUUUUCAGGCUCCUGAGAUUUUAGCAAGUGUGACAAGAGCUUGUCUCUGUCUGUACUGUGUAUUGAGUGAAUGGUGGUGCUAUAGCUGAGCAUUAGGGGCCAGUGUCCAGCUUACCCACAGACUCCAGCAGUUGGUAACAUUGAGGAUUAGUUCUACAGAUCAGUGGACAGUUGAGCCUGGACUUAUUUGCAUCAAGAGGUAUGCUUGCAUAUCACCGGAAAAGGUAAGUGAUCUUGUCUUGUUCCAUGCAAAUAAAGUACUACUUUCAUCAGCCGUGUUGAAAUACUACCAGGGUUCUGGCAUCACACUCCUGAAAAUGGAUUCACUGUGCAGAAAUUGUUUUUGUAAGCAAUAUCUGAAAUGUGUUUGGUACUUUGGCUUCCUCUGUGUGUAUUUCAGCUGCUCUGUAAUGUCUUCCACACGGUAGCUGUCAAUGAUGACAGCAGCAGCAUCACUACUUCCCCAGGCAUCGUGCAUUUAAGCACCUCACUAAUAAAAUUCAGGGACCUCUUUAGUGGGGUGGUGGCAUUCUAUUGACUUCAUGUACUGAGAUUUUCUUUCUGCUUAGGCAGGGAUGAAACAAAAUAUGGUCUGUUUAUGGUGAAAGCUAGGGGAGACCUUGAAUCUGAAUAGAAAUGUUCAGAAAAAGCUUUUUUUUUUUUUUUUUAUUAUUCCACUUUAAGUUAAACAGCACAAAUUUCAUGGCUUUUCUGUGGGGCUUUCUAUACAUGAUUUUUUUUUUUUUUUCUCCCCAAAAUAACCUUUUUUGCAUGGUUUAUGCUCAAGCAGCAGAAUCUAUGACAAUUGCUGGUUCGUUGCUUUUAUACAUACAAAAACUGAAAAGGUUGGGGUUGGAAAGAUUUUUUUUUUUUUUUUUUUUUUUUUUUUUUUUUUUUUUUUAAACUCAAGCACUCACCAAUGCAUGUGAUAAAUACUGUUAAAAAUGGUAAUACUGUGAAAUUAGUACAAUUUAAAAUGUUCUAUUUUGCUGUAUUUGUAAUUGUAUUCCUCUGGCAAAGCUGAAUUUUCAGUGUCACAUGAUCCUUCAGAAAUCAUUCUAAUAUGCUGGUUUGAUGCUAAAGGAAUAUUUCUUAAAGUUUUGCUGCUUAAUAUUUCUGUGGAAAAUGAUACAAUUUUGGUUACACUUUAUUUUAAGGUUUUUUGUAAUUAUACAAAGUACUAAGGCUGUUACGAUUCCUCAAUUCAAUUUGAGUACUCUAUUUAAAAAAUAAAUAAAUAAAUCUUUGAUUGCAUUUUGCCCAUGUCAAGUAACCAAUGUAUUAAUAAAAAAUGCAGUAAUAAAAAUACUGCAAAGCAAUGCAGGUUUAAUAUUCACUUUAAUUAUUUACAUGCGUGUAGGUUAUGCUAAAAGUAAAUGCAACGUUCCAUUUCAUAUUCAUAUCUUUCUCAAUAUGCUUACUGUUCAUUGCGAUUUCAAAAUAAAAAGCCCAAACCCUCACAUUUACAGUUUGAUUGCCACAUAUUCAAUACAUUACAGUGGUUGUAGCAUUUCUGUGAGAAAGAAAUGGUGAAAUGUUAAACGUUAAGUGGAUAUUUGAAUUAAAUGUUAUUUAGCCAGUAUUAAUCAAGGAUUAGAUCACAGUCAAGUUUAAAAACGAUAUUCAGGCCAUUGGUGCCCUCUGCAGUCAUUUGUUAUAAUACAUAAGGUACAUUAGCUCUAUUGUGUAGAAUAAAUGUAACAAUUUUGUUCAAUAAAACCAUAUGAUUACUUGUUUUGAUACUUUAUAUGAACUGAUUAUUAUUGCCUUAUUGGUAUUAUAUAUGUAAAAGGCUAUUUUUUUUUUUUAGGUCUUUUUAUUACUGUAAAAAAUAUAUAACUAUCCAAGUACUCGAUUAAUCUUCAGAAUAAUCGACUAAUUACUUGAUUACCAAAAUCGUUAAUGACAGCCCUACAAAAUACUGAGUAAUGUUUAUUAACAUGUACUUACUAUAGGGUUAGGAUUAGGGUUUGUUGAUUGUAAUUAUGCAUAUUUACUUUUAUCAAUGUAUUAUAAGUACAUGUAACAUGUAACAACAGUGUUUUUUGGUUUGGGGGGUUCUUUGAAUAGACUUUUUUUUUUUUUUUUUUUUUUCUCCUGAGUGAACUAUAAGUGCCGUCAUUGCGAAUUCUAACUUCUGUUUGGAUGCUGUUCUGUUCCGGUCUUCAUAGGAACACAUUCAAAUAGUGCCCAUCUGUUUUUAAUGUAGCUAACGUUGGCAUUUACACACUCAUUAAACUUUGAGGAGCGAGGCACUGACAAAUGACGGGCAUUGCAAAGUGAUGGUGCUGUAGAACUAUGUGCUUUUUAAAAACAUUUUAAUACGUUUAACAGAUUAUCAGCUCAGAAUAUACGAUAAUUUGACUAGAAACACUGGAGACUGGAAAUGCAAAGCAGCCUUCCAGUUAAGAGUCAAGAGUAUACAUAUACAUUUACCUGUAUUUAGCAGUUACCCCAGUGAUGCUUUGAUUUUGGAUGUUCAUAUUUAUUCAGUGUGUUUUCCUAACAGCGAGCAUGUUAGAUGCCACAACACUACUGCAGACGUUGCAACUCAUACCCUCCAAUCUCGUGAGUGCUUAGACCUUGUCUAUCAACUUUUCUAGUCUGCAACAAAUCUGUUGUAGUUUGCAACAAACCCCUGUAUUGAAUAGCCUUCAAGUUUGUCAUCUUGAUGUUGCAAAUGUGUAUUCAUGGCAGUCUAAACAGUUACUCUUUCUUUCUCCUCCUUUCACUUCUCAAUCCUGGCAGUCUUAACUAGUCUUUGCUUCAUAACUACAUGGAUUUCACAGUAAUGCUGCCUCCACUCUUUAAAAACUUCCCUAUGUGGACUGGGGUGGGAAAUACUCAGUACAUUUAUUUGGUGUUUUUUCAAAAUCCACUGUGAUCCUUUAUUUUUCACACAAGUAUUGCACUCAUGCCAGUGACUCAUUCUCCAGCAUUGUAUCGCAGCUACGUUACUGAACAGACUGUAUUAAUGGUGCUCUAAAUUCACUGAGUGUGUGCGUAUUCCUGCUCCUGUGGAUGAUCCGAGUGCUUCUGUACAACAUAUUUUAUAGUGCUGGAUCAGCAUUUUGACUGUCUGGAUGUGUGUACAUGUCUGUUUAUCUGCACUGUGAUCCAUUCAUCUUGGCCCCUAUCUGUCAUUUUGAUAAUUCUAGUAUGGGCCAUAAGUUUUUAGCAAUAUGGAGUGUGAUGCCAGAACUAACCUUGUGACCUAGUGGCUGCCUCAGAAAGGCAGGUCUUUAACACAACAUCCUUAUCUUUUAGAAAUUUGGGAUUGUGUUUGAGGUGUUGUCUGUAUGGAGUUCAAGUGUCAUUGACCUUGUCAGUUAGUGAUCUGUACAGCAACUGUAACACAGUGUUUCUGCAUGAGAUGAAGUAAAAUUUGCUCUUCAGCUGUAUAUUAAAAAAACAAAAACAAAGUGAUGUAACUUAAGUAUACCUAACCAUUGAGUACUUUCCAUGAUAUUUUCUUUUUGGCAAGAGAACUGAAGUAGUUAUAAUAAUUUUUGAAAAGGAUUACUGAAACGUUAACUCAUUGUUUUUCAAAAUACUCUUAUUGUUAAUGAUAAUAGCCUACUGCAAGUCAGUCAUUUAAAGCAGUUAAGACAGGACUCUGUGUACUGGUUUACUUCUGUAUCUCACUGUCUUUCUCUCACUGCAGGGACCUCAGGUGAUUGAAGGAGGUUAAGCAGCAUCAUACAAUGUGAAAUAUGGGUCAACCAAGGAACCUUGUUCCCUCAGCAACUGAGCGCUAUCGGCACGAAAUGUUCCUGUACAGUGGACAAUAAUGUGCAGUCCUGUUGGAGUGUGACACGUGACGCAGCAGCUUGGGAAAUUCCAAGUGCAGGACUGGAUGCAUCAUGAUUAUAUCCUAUUUAUAUUAAAUAAACUAUGUAAAUAUC